AUGGCGUCGUUGUUCAAGCCGGGAUGCACGGAGGCAUAUCUUGCCGUGUUUUCAGAUGACACACCUGAAACAUGGUGCUGGCUAGGCUACGAAGGCAACUCCCUUGUCCCGGCGGGGACCGGCACUGGCGACGUCAACGACAUGGUUACAAAGUGCGAGGACAACAACAUUCUGUACGGUUUGCUACGAUUGGUCAAGAUGGACGACGGCGGCGACUCGAAGCGCGUGAAGUUCGUCUUCAUCACGUGGGUCGGCGAGAGCGCGUCGCCGCUCAAGAAGGGGAAGGUCGCUCUUCACAAGAAGGACUGCGCGACUCUAUUUAAGGGUUUCCACAUUGAGAAGCAGUUAUAUGAGAGGGAGGCCCUGGCGGGCCUGCAGAAGGAUAUUGAUGACACGCUGAAGAUGGCGGGCGGCGCUAACUAUGACAUGGGCAACAUCCGCAUGGGCGUGCAGGCCGGCAACUCCGACAGCUACAAGUCCUUGUUAGCCUCCCUGUUUCCCGCUUUCUUUCUCCCAGUCUCACACCAUUUCUUUUCUUCGUCUCCCCUCGUCCUUCCCCCCACCGCCGUUCCAGCCACCCGCGUGUACCUGGAGAUUCUAUUCUUCGAGAACUCCCGCCCGCUGCACCGCGCGCUGCUCUCCGCGCUCGUGCGUAUCUUCGCGCUCCAUGGGGAUGGCGCAGCCGGGCGGGACAGGGGGAAGGGCGGAGCCGGAGGGGGAGGGCGGAAGGGGAAAAAAGAGGGGAAGGGAAAGAAACAAAGGGGCGAGCGAGCCGAGAGAGAGACAGGUGCGGGGGAUAGCCAGGCAGAGAGGGGGUUUGGAGGCGGAGGAGUGAGGAGGGGAUACGGAAAGGCUGAUGGGGAGAGUGUUGCAGGGAGAGCGAGGGCGAUAGUGGAGAUUGUUAUCGCGUUGUGCUGUAACGAGUACGGCGUUGGUGGUUCUAAGAGGCGGCAGUUCGCUGCAGCUGCAGCAGGAGCGUCCAUCACUGCCGCCCAAUUCCAGGCACCCUUUGACAGCUCUGCUCGCCUCGUGGCGCGACAGCUGGCGCACGUGCUGAGUGCAGACGUGGCAGAAGUGGUGAACCACAUGCAGCCAAGUGGCAGUAGCAAGGACAGGCUGGUAGUGGGGAGCGAGAGGAGCAAAUGUGACAACAUCGAGGGGGGCACUGAUGCUCCUGUCUCGGAUGAGGGCAGGAGCACAGGUGCAGAAGAAGCCUCAGGUUUGGGAGUACGAAUCGGAGCAGGUUCGGGAGCAGGUUCGGAAGGGGGCGGGCACGUGGUACCAGCAACGAUGGAGCUAUGUCAGGAGGCCCUGUCAACGCUCUACUACCUGCUGCAGCGCUACCCCCACCAGUUCGCCGCGCACCCUCCCACCGACCUCACUCACGACGGCUUCGCCUUGCACCCUCCCAGCAGCCAGGGACAAGGCUCGCGAAGCAUUCAAGGCUGUGAGAGGAAUGGGCGCAGGGAGAGCAGUGAGGCUGAUGGGAGUGUUGAGAGCAAGGGCGUGUGUGAGGAGCUGCUGUCAGUGCACGGCGCUGUGGUGAGAGUGCUACAAACGGGGGUGCUUUCCAGAGACGCCACUGUAGCAGCGGCUGUCGCUCUCUGCGCCCUGCUGCCUCUCAUCCAAUCAGAAACAAGCUCUGGUGCAACAGCAGGAGAAGAGAAGGUCGAACAGGAGGAGGAGGAGCGGAGGGAAGGGCGGCUGGCUGUGGCUCUAGCACGCUCCUUCUUUGCCUCCCCUGCCUCCUCUUCCUCCCCUUCCGCCCCUGCCAUGCUGCCAUCAGCUGCUGUCGCGAGUCCUACCCCUGCUGUGCCUGCAGCGCCAGCAACCGGUGUAGCAGCGGCUGCUAGCGAGUUUGUGGACCCAUUGACAGCACUGGAGGCGUUUAAAACGAGGCAGGGGCGAGCAGCAGGGCAGUCGCAUGCAUGGUUGGUGAACAUGGGGAGGUUUCCUCUGUUCAGCCAGCUGUGCUGCAUCCGAGGCAUGCUCACUGCUGUUCCCCGCCAAGCCCUCACUCACCUCCUGCUGCUGCUGCCCACGCCUGUGGCCGUGCCUGCACAGCCGCUUGAAGCAGCAGGUACAGCAGCAGGUUUAGUAUCACCAGCAUCAGCAGGUGCAGCAGGGGAGGCAGCGACCCCCCAGGCAGUGGAGGUGCGCUGCUGGUCGCUGCUCUUUCACGGGCUGCUGCCCCGCGUCCUCUCCUUCUGUGAAGCUUCCUCCGACGCACACACCAAGUUCCAUGCGCUCACCGCCCUCCAGAUCUGCCUCCACCAGAUCAAGACAAGCCUGUUGGACGGCACCUGCGCUGCCUCCCGUGCACUGUUCACCCGCCAGGUGGCUCGAAUUCGUGCCGCGUGGCAGUCUGGGAUUUGCGGAGCGGAGGUGUUAGCAGCAUCAGCAGCAGUGAGAGGAAUCCAGGAAGCUGACAUAUUUCCUCUUAGCCAAUUGGUGGACAAGUUGAUGGAGGAUGGCGGUGUGCCGGCGUAUGAGGAGAUGCCACGUGGCAGUGUGGAUAGGAUCCUGGGCGCUGUGUGGGGCCACUGGGAGGAUCCGCUGACUCAGACGGCGAGGCAGGCCCACGUGGCACUGGACCUGCUGCUGGACGUGGUGGAGUGCGUGGAGAAAAGGGGGUGCGGGGAGAAAGGGGGGGGUGGGGAGAGGGACGUGGGGGUUAUGGAGGAUGAGACGAGCAGUGGAGAGGAUAUGAGGGGAAAAGAUGCUGCUGGUUUGGUAGGUGAUGGUGUGAAAGAUGGGGAGGAGAGAGGGAGGGGGGAAGAGGAGGAGGAGGAUGAUGUUGUGGAGGGGUUGGGGUUUAUGAUGGAGGAAGAGCAGGAAGGAGGGGCAGAGGAGGGGCGAGAGCAGGAGGCAAAUGGGACAGCAGAGGCGGACCCGGUUGCUGCACCGGGAGGGGUGGCUUCAGGAGCAACCCUCCCUGACGCAGCAGCAGGGGAAGGGACGGACGAGGAGGUGGCUUCUGGGGCGGGUGCGUCCUGUGUGGGCGGCGAGUUUCGGCAAUUUGCAAAGCAGCUUGCUCAGGAGGUGCUGGCGACGGGGCCGCACAGGAAGGGGCGGUACGUGCCCCUGGCGUCCCUUGCCCUGCGCCUCGGUGCUGCCCGCCUGCUACUCUUGAGCAAGCAGGGGCGCACAGGGGGCGAGGAGGGCGGGACGGCGGAGGGGCGUGAGAGGGGUGAGAGGGAGGGCGCUGCAGUGGGUAUGGAUGGAGAAGCAGGGGGCGUGCGAUUCCCUGUGGGUGUGUUGGGGGAUGCGCUAGCAGCCAUGGGCGAUGAGGGCGUGUGCUGCGCUGUCGCAUCCUUCCUCUCCCCCUUCCUCUCUCGCCUCCGCGAGGAGUGCUGGGCUGGUACAGCAGGAGGGGUGGGAGGAGGGGAGGGACAGGAGGGCGGAGGGGAGGGACAGGAGGGCGGAGGGGAGGGACAGGAGGGCGGAGGGGAGGGACAGGAGGGCGGAGGGGAGGGACAGGAGGGCGGAGGGGAGGGACAGGAGGGCGGAGGGGAGGGACAGGAGGGCGGAGGGGAGGGACAGGAGGGCGGAGGGGAGGGGGGAGGCGACGUGGCGUGGCGGCGGGUGUGGAUGCCGGCAGUGCUGUGCGGGCUGGUGGCGGGGCCAUCACUGCAGCGCACCAACGUGGCCACCUACGCCCUCCCCGUGCUGCUCUCCCUCGACCCCCCCUCGCUCUGGCCCCUCCUCUCCUUCCUCACCGCGCUGCCCCCACACAGCGACGGAGGAACAGGUGUUGAGGAUAGAUUGGGCAGCGCGGUGGCAGUGUGGGAGCAGUGGCCGGAGCUGGCGGAUGUGAGGGGCGGGCCGCAUGGGGAAUACCCGUGGGGGGCGAGUGUGGACGCGCGGGUGGGGGCGGUGGUGGCGCUGCUGCGCAUGGGGCGAGGCAUGGGCGUGCUGGAUGGACCCCUGGAGGCUGCUGGUAGUGGCAGGAGGGAUAUGAGGGCGCAGAGGGCGCGUUCAGAGGAUAAGGGAGAGGAGGAGGAGGAAGAGAGUGGGGAUGGGGAGAAAGGGAGGGCGGAUGGAGAGGAGGCGGGGAGGAGUGACUGGUCCGGUGGGCCGCAGACCGUGCUGACGUGGAUGCUGGAGCGGGCGACGUGGCACGCUGACGAGGCGGUGCGGGUGGACGUGGCGGAGCUGCUGUGCAUCUCGUUCCGCACCACGGCCAUGCCGUCCCCCCCCGAGCUGCGCCUGCUGGGACUCGCCUUCCCCCUCAACCUGCGCUGCUCCUCGCCCAACCUGCGCAUGCGCUGCUGCUCCAUCGUGCGCCGCUUCUUCUCCCGCGUUCGCGCUGCCGUGGAGCGGCAGGAGAGGAUGGCUGCCGUCACUCGCCGCCAGAGAACGGUUGCUCUGGGUGGAGGUGGAGCAGGGAACGGAGGUAAUGCUCUGGGAGGAGGUGAGGAGGGGGAGGAGGGGGAGGAGGGGGAGGAGAGGGAGGAGGGGGCGAGCGUGGGCGAGGUGCAGGCGUUCAUGCAGUGGCUGACGGCGCUGCUCUUCUCGUCGCUGUACCCCUCAGCGCCCUACGAGCGCAAGAGCAUGGCGCUGGACACGCUCUCCGCGCUCAUGGACGUGUGGAGCCCGCAUGACUUCCUCCCGCCCCACACUGCCGCUACACCGCCCCCUCACACCACCCCACACCUCCCAACCUUCUCUCCCUACCCACCCGGUGCACUGGCCCCCGGCACCACGCACCUCCUGCUGGCAGCAGCGGUGGACAGCUGGGACCGCCUGAGAGAGGCGGCGCUGGGGGUGCUGCUCAAAUACCCUGCUCCGCUGCCGGGGUUAGAGAGCGUAGGGCAGGUGGCGGAGGUGGUGGAGUGGGCGUGUGGGCUUGUGAUGAGCCCGAGGGUGAGGGAGAGUGACGCGGGCGCGCUGGUGCUGAAGCUGGUGUUCAAGAAGUAUGUCGUGGGGCUGGGGUGGCAAGUGAGGGUGUUUCCUACCGUUACUGUCACUCCACCUCCUCCUCCUCCUGCUCCUGCAGCUGCUGCUGACUGUGCUAUUGAGUCAGGGGGCAGCAACAGCGGGGGGCAAGGGGCAGUGGUGGAGUACCUUGAGUCGCUGAGCGAGUGGCUGGCAGCGGUGGUGGAGGAGGGCGAGAGGGACAUGAUAGGCGCGUGCCGCCACAGCCUCGUGCACGGCGUGCUGCUGCUUCUCCGAUACACGCUUGAAGAGGUUGACUGGACCCAACCAUCCCUGCAUCAUGCUGCUGCUGCUCAUGUUGGUGGUGGUGGUGAUGCUGAUGCAGCAGGGGGCAUGAGGGGGGUGCUGCGGCGGGUGCUGGCGCUGGUGCUGCGGGUGACGGGGCUGGCGCUGUGGGUGGUGGCAGCAGAUGGGUUGCGUGUGGACGUGGGGGAGGGGGGCAGGUUGCGCGUGAGUGACAAGGAUGCACAGGGGACCAGUGCGGCGUGCCGUGAGGGGCAAGAGGAGGAGAAUGAGGGGGAGGAGGAAGGCAAAUAUGGGGAGGUAGAGGGCAGCGAUGCCGAUGGUGGUCUCAGUGAUGCUGAUGCUGCUGAUUAUGCUGCUGCUGACGAUGAUGGCAUGGGAGCAGGUGCAGGCGAUGGCAGUGGGCAGCAGCUGGCGCCCGUGGAGCAGAUGGUGAUGGUGGCGUGCUGGCUCUCCAUGAAGGAGGUCUCUCUGCUCCUCGGCACGCUCGCCCGCUCCGUGCCGCUGCAGGCUUGUGCGGGGGCAGGCGAGGAGGAGGCGGAUGGGGAGGAGGGAGGGCGGGAGACGGGGAGGAGGGGAGAGGGAGGGGAAGUGGAGGGAGGGGGAGAACUGCUGGAUGCUGCGCAGCUCAAGCAAGUGGGAGAUCACUUCGUCUCCCUCCUCCUAGCCAUGAAGCACAACGGAGCGGUCGACAAGACUCGGGCCGGCUUCAUAGCGCUCACAGACCGCCUGCUGCGCUGCCCCUCGCCCGCCCUCAACGCCCUCCCGCGCGCCUGGCUCACCACGCUACAGCGCCGCCUGACAGCGCCCCACCAGACCCUCACCGACCUCAUCCGCCGCUCUGCUGGCCUGCCUGCUGCGUUCCUGGGGCUGUUUCUGGGCGAGCCGCAAGGGGCGCCGAAAGUGCUGCUGCCCCGCGCUGUGGCGUGGUUGUUGGAGGUGGUGCGGGGGGCGGAGAGAGGGGGUGGGGUGGGGAGAGACGCGGAGGGUCGGGGGAAUGGUGCAGAAGUGGAAGGAUGGGCAGGAGGGGAAGAGUGGAAAGGUGGGCGUGCAGAGCAGGCAGUGGAAGCGCUGGUGCCAGGACCAGCAACAGCAGCACAAGGGGUGCAAGCAGCAGCAACAGCACCUGCGCUAUCCCUCAAAGCACGCGAGGAGGGUGUGGUAGCAGCGGUGCAUGCAUGGAACGUGCUGCGCCUGGCCUUCCAUGACACGCACCUUGCCACCGACACCUCCGCCUUCUGCUCGCCCGCCCUGCAAGCCGCCGUCACCGCCGCGCGCUCGCCCCACUGGGAGGUGCGCAAUGCGGGUGGGCUGUGCCUGGUGGCGCUGCUGCACCGCAUGCUGGGCUUUAAGAACGUGCCGCGGGCGGGGCGGCCGUGGGCGCGGGAGCAGGUGGUGUGCAAGCAGACGGCACGGCAGAGCAUGACAGCCGUGGAGUUCUUCCUGCGCUACCCUGAUCUGCACGCCUUCUUCCUCCGCCACCUCCGUGAGGCUGCACUCGCUUUCCUUCCACCUGCUCAGCACCCCCCUGGUGAUCUUCUCCACCCCCCUGUUGACAAUUCCCCCUCCUCCAACGCCACUUCCAGUGUCACCGCCUCCUCUCCCCCCGCCUCCUCCCAACCGCUGCACCCCGCCCUGGCCCCUGCGCUCAUCCUGCUCUCGCGCCUCAAGCCCUCCACCCUCACCUCCCCCUCGCCCUCCUCCUUCCUCUCCCCCUCCGCCUUUGUGCCCGCCGUCUCGCUGUGCGCCGCCCACCCCCGCAUGCACGUCCGAGAGCUCGCCGCCCGCGCGCUUGUUCCCAUCGUGGCCUCCACGGAAGUUUCUGGGAUGCUGCUGAAGCUGGCUUGCAGCCUCCCUGAGGAGUGGGGAAGGAGGGGUGGGAUGAUUGGAAUUGUCGAGAGAAGAACAGUCACAUUCAUCCCGCUCGCCCUGCGGGCCUUCUCCUUCCACCCGCCUCUCCGCUUCGCCAUUCUAGACCCCACAGCGCUCGCUCUCAGGCAAACCGCCGCCUCCCUGCUGCUCUCCCCAGAAGCUGUGUGCCUGGCGGGCCGAGGCCUGUGGGAGGGGCUGGGUGCGGUGGAGGCGGAUACGAGGGGAGAAGAAGGGGUGGGAGAGAGUGGGGCGUGCAGCAGUGCGGGGGCGUUCUGGAAGGUGGCGCUGUCGGCAGUGCAAGACGCCUGUCGGGAUGUGCAGCUGUCGGCUCUCCGCUCCCUCUCCCACCUCCUCGCCUCCCCUCGCUUGCUCGCGCCGCUGCUGCCACCGCUCCAGACCGCGCCACACCGCAGCAGCAGCGAGGGCGGAGUGGGUGCAGUGCUGGUGGCGGUGGUGCAGGGGGUGCAGCAGGAGAGGCGUGUGAAGGGGCGGGACGAGAUGAGGUGCCGGCGGCUGCUCAAGGUGCUGCUGCCCGCCCUCUCCCUGCCCUCCCUGCAGCCCCUCCUGAUGUCCCUGCUGCCUCAAGCUCUGCAUCCCGAGGAAGCACCACUGGCAGGGACAGCAGAGCCGAGGCAACCUGGCGGCCCCUCCCACGAGCCUGACAGCGCUGCAGCUAGCAGCGAUAGGAGUGGGGGUGCAGCGCUGUGGGCGGUGGUGCUGGAGGGCCGGGGCACGGGGAACCUGCUGCAGCUGGCUGCCACGUGGCUGCAGCUGAUUGGCGAGCAGAGCGCAGCGCACCAGCCGGUGAGUGUGCGACGGGCAGCAGCAGAGGCGGUGGUGUCAUCAGGACUGCUGCUGGAGGCGGGUAGAAUGGGGCACGUGCUGCGCUGUGAAGCACAGGGAGGGAAGGGAGAGGAGGGAGAGGAGGGUGGGGAGGGAGAGGAAGGAGGGGAGGGUGCAGUGAUGGAGUAUGCGAGGGUGGUGGUGCGGGCAUGGCUGACAGUGAUUCGCGUGAUGGAGGAUGAAGACGAGCCGCUCCGCAAGUCCCUCGCCACUGCCGUCCUCACCAUCACCACCACUGCCGCUGCUGACGCCGCACACCCACACGCACCACCCACUACAGCAGCAGUGUCCUCUUCCUUUGUGCCAGCGCAGGUGGAGCGGGCAGUGGAGGCAGCACUGGCACACGUGUCGCUGUGCCUGCACGCCUGCCCGCCCGCGCUGCUGCCCGCACACCUGGCGGCCUGGGUGCUUCACCCGGACUUUGUCUCCCCCUCGGGCUUUCAGCACCUCACUCCCUUGGACCGCCUGGGAGAUGAGCUGUGCUCUGAGAGCAGCAGUGGGGAUGGGAGUGAGUGCAUGGCAGCAACGAGUGUGUCGCAAGCAACAGCCGAGGAUGUGCAGAGGACAAGGAAGCUGGUCAAGGCAGCUGCGAGGAAGCUGCAGGAGAUGCCUGUGAAUCCCAUCCUGCAGAGUGUACUCUCAGAAGUGAUGCGGGCUAAUGCUGCAGCUGUUGAGAAUGCUGGUGCCCGGGAGAGACAUGGAAAGGGGGUGUGUCGGGAGAAUGAUGUGCUGUGGUGUGAUCCGCUUUUCCUCUUGCAUGCUCAGUCGUAUGGCAUGUGA